GAAACUCAUGACUGUGGAUGGAUUUCUGAAUGGGCCUACCUGGCACAGGCCCUAGGGGCCAAAGGAGCCAGGGGGCUCCUAGAGCAGAGACCCAGCCAGGGGGCUCCUAGAGCAGAGAACCAAAAUGAAUCAAACGGCCAGUGAUGCCAGUAUUAGAGGAAACCAGUGGCAGAGACUGCUCAGGCAGCACUGGGGGCAGAAAGUAAAGGUGGAAGAAGAAGAUGGAGCCAAGGAUGAAGGGAAACGUCACUUCAGCCUGGGUCUGAACUUUAACUGGAACGAGUGGGUGGUUAAUCCAGCAGAGCAGUUUUAUUAUGUCUGGCUACAGGUCAUGAUCCUUCCCAUUGUCUACAACUGGGUGAUCAUCAUUUUUAGGACAUGCUUCACUAUGAUUGCACAGACCUACCUGCCUGUGUGGCUCACACUAGACUAUCUGUCCGACCUCAUGUAUAUGCUCGACAUGAUCGUCGCUCUUCGCACAGGUUACUUGGAUCAGGGCAUUCUGGUAAAAGAUCCAAGUCACUUAAGGAAGCACUACCUUUACUCUUUACAUUUCUUAAGGGACUUGGUUUCUCUGCUGCCCACUGACUUCCUGUAUUUCACCGUUGGCUUCCAAAUUCCGCUGGUGAGGCUCAACCGCCUUCUGCGUACACCACGACUCAAUGAGGCCCUGGAUCGCAUGGAGACAAGAACUUCCUACCCCAACGUCUUCCGCCUCUCCAAGCUCAUGAUCUAUAUCUUUGUGUUGAUCCACUGGAACUCCUGUUUCUACUUUGCACUGUCUGGUUACCUUGGCUUUGGAAGUGAUGACUGGGUCUACCCCAACAUGAGUGAUCCAGAAUUUGCCUCUUUGCGUCGUCAGUACUUUUACAGCUUCUGGGUCUCUACAGAUAUUUUCACCACAAUAGGAGACAUCAGCCCACCAACCAGGGAAGAGGAGUACUUGUUUAUGAUUGCAGACAUACUCAUUACUGUGCUGGUGGUUGCAUCAGUUGUUGGCAAUGUUGGUCAUAUCAUCACAAACCUAAGGGACCGUGACAAUGUCUUCUUCCCUAACCAUGAGCUAGUGAAGGCGUACAUGAGGACCCAUCCUGUUAGCAAAGAGCUUCGAGAGCGUAUCAACAACUGGUACCAGCAUCUUCACAUCAACAAAAAGAUCAUGCGAGAGAAUGAGAUCCUGGAGCAGCUGCCCUUGAACCUGAGGACAGAGAUUGCUGUCAGUGUUCACCUUCCCACACUCUCCAAAGUCACCAUCUUCCAGAACUGUGAGAAGAGUUUGCUGGAGGAGCUGGUGCUUAAGCUAACACCCCAGGUAUUUAGUCCAGGAGAGUAUGUCUGCAGGAAAGGAGAUGUGGGCCAUGAAAUGUACAUCAUCAGAGAGGGAAAACUUGCAGUUGUAGCAGAUGAUGGGGUCACAGAGUUUGCUGUGUUGAGUGCAGGAACUUUCUUUGGGGAAAUUAGUAUCCUCAACAUCAAAGGUAACAAGUCGGGCAAUCGUCGCACUGCCAACAUCCGAAGCACUGGCUACUCUGACCUGUUCAGCUUGUCCAAAGAAGACCUGACACAUGUUUUAUCUGAGUUCCCUGCAGCCAAACGUCUCCUGGAAGAGAAAGGCAGACAGAUCCUCAUCAAGAUGGGCAUGUUGGAGGAGAAUGGGGAGGAAGAGGAGAGUGAGGCAGAGAAAGUUGAAAGCAAGAUACAAAGGCUAGAGAACAGCUUGGAGAUCCUGCAAACCAAACUAGCUCGACUUAUGAUGGAAUUAGAGUCAAGUAACCACAAGCUGCAGGCCAGGGUGGAGCAGCUGGAGUGGGAGGUGGCAGCACUGGGCACUGAGCUGCCUGAAGGUGAUGAAGAAGCAGAAAGAGCAAACAGAAGAGUUGAAGGGGUAGGAGGGGAGGUUGAAUGGGAGCGAGAAGAGGCAGAGGGGGAAGAAUUGGAUGGUUCAGAUGCAAAUGUAAAGAAACAGGGACAUGGAGAGGAUGGUAAUGAUGUGACCAAAGAAGGAGAUGGAGAGAGUACUAAAAGUACAAAGGAAGAUGUGGAAAGGAUGGUGGAGGGAGGUACAUUUGGUCUGGAUGUCUCACAAGAUCAAGAAAAGAAAAAAGAAGAUGAUGGAGAGAAAAAUCAAGAGAAAGGAGAUGACAGAUCUAGGAAAGGAGAUGGAGCUGAAAUUGAACCUGAAGAUGAGAAAGAAGAGAAAAGUGGGGAGAGAGAAAAUCUGAAGAAGAGAAAGAAAGGGCCAAUGAAAUUUCAGGAAAAAAAGAGAGAUGGUGCCCACAAUACAACUUUAUACCACUGGGUGGUAGCAUUGUACCCCUAA